AUGGAUAACUUAAACGCCCUUACAGAUACAAUAUUAACUAUUAUGUCUUACAAUGUUCAAAUGCUAUCCGUUCCUUUAAGCAACCAGUUAAAUUUAUCGACCAGACAAGAUGCUGUAAUUGACUACAUAUGCUCUCUGGACGAUCUGCUCAACCUAGAUAUACUUGUUCUAAAUGAAGUGUUUACGAGGAACUUUCAUGACAAGCUUACCAAGGGGAAUAUUAAGGAUAGAUUUCCCUACCAUACUAAUGUGCUUGGCACGAAGAGUGAAGACUUUGGGAAAUGCAGCAAUUCUAUCGUGCACGUAGGGAAAGACGAAAGGGUGGGGACCAGUACCAAGAGGAAGACUACAAAGAAGAAGGCAGGCGGAGGGAAGGCCCCUACCAUGAAUGACCUGAAUAGGAAAAUCGUCAGCACGAAGAAAAUGCUUCCCGAAGGAUCACUGCCCAAAGUAACCACAUUAGGAGGAGCUACUACAAGAGAAGCCACGCCCAGCGGAGAAGAAGAAGCUUCGUCCCUUAACUCAAGUGAUACAAACAAUAACGACCAAGAGGAAGCGGGGGAGACUCUAAACCUGGACUCCAGUGAUAAUAACAAUAGGAGCGAGGGGGAGUGCAUUCUAUCGUUUAACUGCGGCCUUGAGAGGGCAAGCAAAAUAAAGGGGAAACCAAGUAAUCACAAUUAUAAGGCGGUGCCAAAUAAAAACGAAAGGCGCAAUGGGGCGGAUGGCUCCAACAAAAGGGAGAGUACCAGUAGCGACAAAGAAGCACAGUGCAGUGAAACAGACGAUGGAAUAACCAUCCGGGAGGAAAGGAAGAAUCUGUACAUGAAUAGCAGGGGGGUCGCUGGCGAAGAAAAAAUGAAGGACAAGUCGUGGAGUCUGCAUAGAAACCAGUUGAAGGGAGAAUGGACUAAUAAGGAUGGAAGUUCCAAAUCCGUGAAGGAAGCUUCCGCUAGCGCCGAGGGGAUGAGCAAGGAGGAUGUACUUGGGGAGGACCCACAUGCAAAUGUAGAUGGGUCUACUAAGGAGAGAAGGAGUAAGAGGAACACAGCCGUCACAGAGAAGAGCAAUGGCGAUGGUAAGGUGAGCACACAGAGUUAUAACAACAAGGAGAGGAACCCUCAUAGACGCGAGAUACGUAUCCCGAGCGAAGCCAAAACGAGCAUCCCUAACAGUGUGAGCAGUGAAGAAAAUUUGAACGAGAAAAAGUGGGAAGGAAAGAAAAAAAAAAAAAAUAAAAUAAAUAAGCAAAAUAUAACCAUAUUCGAUUCUAUAUCAGGCAAAUCAAAAUUUUAUCAAUUGCUAAACGGAGGUGUAAUCAUUUUGUCCAAGCAUCCCUUCAUCCACAAGCAUGCCUUGUUAUAUAAAAACAGUAGAUUUCCUGACAUGUUCUGUACAAAGGGUGCCAUUUAUGUGAAGCUUUAUGUUAAUAACAAACCAGUGAAUGUGAUAGCGACCCACUUGCAAGCAGGAGAUUCAAGAGGACAGCAGAAUUGCAGAUGGAAACAGUUGAGUGAAUUGAGCAACUGGGUAUAUAAUGGGACACCCAGUUUACAUAUAAAAAGGAAUGAGCCCCUUUUUUUUGUUGGUGAUUUUAAUAUUAGGUAUGACAUAGAUAAAUUAUUUUUUGAUAAAGUACUGUCGAGUGAUUGCUUAAACAGCUACGUGACAAAAAAGGCACUUGAGACGACCUACGAUUCUUACCUGAACGACUACUGCAUGCAUAUGGAGCGUGAUUACUCUUUUAAUUAUAAAUAUACUUUAGACUACAUAUUGGUAAAUAACGACUCCUAUGUGAAGACUCUCGUGCCACAGACAGCCAUACAGAAGGGGUACAGGCCAAUUCAGAUAAUGAAAUUUUUGCUGGGCUUUAUUCCUUAUAAAUGUACGCAUGUGCAUCACCCCAGUGACCACUUCCCCAUAUAUGCCACUUUUAAAAUUAUGAAUUAG